CCCCUCCUCCCCCCCCCAUCCCGGCUGCGCCUCCUCCCCGCUACCAGCUCGCUCGCCCGCCCGCCGCGGCGCUGCCUGCAGGGAAGCCCCUUCCCCGCCGCACCGUGCGUCCCCUCUGCACCCAGCCCUGCCCCCGUCCGGCUGCCGCCGCGACCCGAAGUCAAUCCAGCCAUGGCGACUCCCUCUGCUGCCUUUGAGGCCCUUAUGAAUGGAGUGACAAGCUGGGAUGUCCCCGAAGAUGCCAUCCCAUGUGAACUGCUUCUAAUUGGAGAGGCCUCCUUCCCAGUGAUGGUGAAUGACAUGGGCCAGGUCCUCAUUGCUGCCUCCUCCUAUGGCCGAGGCCGCCUGGUGGUGGUGUCCCAUGAGGACUACUUGGUAGAAGCCCAGCUCGCUCCCUUUCUCCUCAAUGCAGUAGGUUGGCUCUGUUCUUCCCCAGGGGCUCCCAUUGGUGUACACCCAUCCCUGGGACCCCUGGCCAAAAUCCUUGAGGGUUCUGGGGUGGAGGCGAAGAUUGAGCCAGAAGUGAAAGACUCCCUGGGGGUUUACUGCAUUGAUGCCUACAAUGAAACCAUGACGGAAAAGUUGGUCAAGUUUAUGAAACGUGGAGGGGGUUUGCUCAUUGGAGGCCAGGCCUGGGACUGGGCUAACCAGGGCGAUGAUGAAAGGGUGCUUUUCACGUUCCCUGGCAACCUCGUGACCAGUGUGGCCGGCGUAUACUUCACCGACAACAAAGGGGACACAAGUUUCUUCAAAGUCUCCAAGAAGAUGCCCAAGAUUCCAGUCUUAGUUAGCUGUGAAGACGACCUCUCCGAGGACAGAGAGGAGCUCCUGCACGGGAUUUCAGAGCUGGACAUCAGCAACUCGGAUUGCUUCCCCUCCCAGCUGCUAGUGCACGGGGCUCUAGCCUUUCCCCUGGGGUUAGAUUCCUACCAUGGCUGUGUCAUAGCAGCGGCCCGCUAUGGCCGGGGCCGGGUGGUCGUGACCGGCCACAAGGUAUUAUUCACCGUGAGCAAACUCGGCCCCUUUCUGCUCAAUGCCGUGCGCUGGCUGGACGGGGGCCGCCGAGGCAAGAUCGUGGUGCAGACAGAACUGAGGACACUGAGCGGCCUGCUCGCGGUGGGGGGCAUAGACACCAGCAUCGAGCCCCAUCUGACCAGUGAUGCGAGUGUCUACUGCUUUGAACCCGUGAGUGAUGUGGGGGUCAAAGAGCUGCAGGAGUUUGUAGCCGAGGGCGGGGGACUGUUUGUUGGUGCCCAAGCCUGGUGGUGGGCCUUCAAGAACCCUGGAGUGUCCCCUUUGGCUCGGUUCCCAGGAAACCUCCUCCUCAACCCCUUUGGCAUCAGCAUCACAAGCCAAAGCCUCAAUCCAGGGCCCUUCCGUACGCCUAAAGCAGGGAUAAGGACCUAUCACUUCCGCUCCACUCUGGCCGAGUUCCAAGUUAUAAUGGGCAGGAAGAGAGGGAACGUGGAAAAGGGCUGGUUGGCCAAGCUGGGGCCGGACGGUGCAGCUUUCCUCCAGAUCCCCGCUGAAGAGAUCCCUGCCUACAUGUCUGUGCAUCGGCUCCUGAGGAAGCUGCUGAGUCGCUAUCGGCUCCCAGUUGCAACCCGAGAGAACCCCGUUAUCAAUGACUGCUGCAGGGGUGCUAUGCUUUCCCUGGCCACUGGCCUGGCCCACUCUGGAAGUGACCUCUCUCUGUUAGUGCCAGAAAUCGAAGACAUGUACAGCAGCCCCUAUCUGCGCCCCUCGGAGUCUCCUAUCACUGUUGAGGUCAACUGCAACAAUCCAGGCACCAGAUAUUGCUGGAUGAGCACUGGGCUCUACAUUCCUGGAAGGCAGAUUAUAGAGGUCUCACUGCCUGAAGCUGCUGCCUCUGCUGAUCUGAAGAUACAGAUCGGCUGCCACACGGAUGACCUGACCAGAGCCAGCAAGCUGUUCCGAGGCCCACUCGUGAUUAACCGGUGCUGCUUGGACAAGCCCACCAAGUCGAUCACCUGCCUCUGGGGCGGCCUGCUCUAUAUCAUCGUGCCUCAGAGCAGCAAACUGGGCUCUGUGCCCGUAACUGUUAAGGGGGCCGUGCAUGCCCCAUACUACAAGCUGGGGGAGACCUCCCAGGAGGAGUGGAAGAGGCGCAUCCAGGAGAAUCCAGGUCCCUGGGGAGAGCUGGCUACGGACAACAUCAUCCUGACAGUACCAACCGCCAAUCUCCGCACGCUGGAGAACCCUGAGCCGCUGCUUCGCCUCUGGGACGAGGUGAUGCAGGCCGUGGCACGGCUGGGGGCUGAGCCCUUCCCUCUGCGUCUGCCUCAGAGGAUCGUUGCUGACGUGCAGAUCUCAGUUGGCUGGAUGCAUGCCGGGUACCCCAUCAUGUGCCAUCUGGAAUCUGUGCAGGAGCUCAUCAAUGAGAAGCUCAUCAGAACCAAGGGGCUGUGGGGCCCCGUCCACGAGCUUGGCCGCAACCAGCAGCGUCAAGAGUGGGAGUUCCCCCCGCACACCACCGAGGCUACCUGCAACCUGUGGUGUGUUUACGUGCACGAAACGGUCUUGGGCAUCCCUCGGGGCCGGGCGAAUAUUGCUCUGUGGCCUCCCGUUCGGGAGAAGAGAGUCCGAAUCUACCUGGGCAAGGGUCCCAAUGUGAAAAACUGGAAUGCGUGGACUGCGCUGGAAACGUACCUACAGCUACAGGAGGCCUUUGGUUGGGAGCCAUUCAUCCGUCUCUUCACUGAGUAUAGGAACCAGACCAACUUGCCCACAGAUAAUGUUGACAAAAUGAAUCUGUGGGUGAAGAUGUUCUCCCACCAAGUGCAGAAGAAUCUGGCUCCGUUCUUUGAGGCCUGGGCCUGGCCUAUCCAGAAGGAAGUGGCUACCAGCCUGGCCUAUCUGCCUGAAUGGAAGGAAAAUAUUAUGAAAUUAUACCUCCUCACACAGAUGUAAGGAGUGCCCAGCGAGGUGGCAGGCCCCACUGAAAUUGAAGUCAAGAAAUGCAAGAGAGAAUUGACACAUCUCAGCAAAGAAAACUAAACAGAUUUGAUUAUAACUGAAGAAGAUCUCAACACAUUUCUGGAAGAGAGAAAGUGGAUGAAACAUGAGAAUGAAUGAAAGAGUGAAGGUAUCUUUCAGACAGAAUAGAAGCUGAUCUGAAUAACGUAAUUCCAAAGAAACAUGAGCACCUGAAAAGUCUACAAAGAGUUAUACCAGUUGUAAAAUUGAAUCCCAUCCUAUUCUGCCCCAACCAUUGUGCAUAGAAUACAGGCAGUCUAUAAUUGGUAUCCAUUACAAAUCUAUUGUUCUUGUUGUUGUUUGUAGAGAAAUUGAAUAAACUGCCUGAGGAGAGGUAGGAGUUGGUGCCCCAGAAUAAAAUUUCUCUUUUUGUGGAAAUAAGUGACCCCUAGCCUAUCGGCUAAUCCUCUGAAUGUUGAAACCCCUCCUCAAGUAACCCUAGUGCUUCUAGUCCUGGAAGAGGCUUAUUGGAGAAACAGAUCCAACCAUACACUGGCAGAGGACACCCACACCAACUCCUGUAAAAGUUAACAGUUAUAUUGAUUCUUAAAUGAAAACAGUCAGCUAGGAAUCCCGUCUUUGGGCAUCGGGGGGUGGAGGAGGAGGACCAGGGGAGGAGCAUUUAAGAAAAAUAAUCAGUUAGAAUUAGGACGCUUGAAAAAUAAAGUGAACAUGGAAAGAAUAACUUUAAAAUCUGUAUCUUCAGAGAGAUUUGAGGUGUAUUUGUAAGAUGAGUACAGAAUGCUACACAGAAAUGAAAAACUGAGAAUAAAGGAGCCCUUGAAAGUGAAAUAAAACUGCCCAAAAUAUUCAGUGGACAGGCUGGAAAAUAUAGUUGAGGGAAACUCCUUAGAUAUAGAACAAAAAGAAAUAGCAGAAAAAAAUAAAGAAAGGAAAAGAUCUAGACAAUCAAUAUCUAAGCAUUAGGACUUUCUGGAAAAGAGAACAUAAAAAAAUAUAGGUGAAGAAAUAAAAAGGACAAAAAAUGAAGAACAGAAAGAACCACGUCUCCAGAUUGAGGAGCCCCAAUACAACCUACGUCUACACACAAUCUUGUGAAAUUCUGGAAUAUUAAGGAUACAAGGAAGAUGUUAAAAGUGCCCAAAGAGAAAAUAAAGUUAAGUCAUCACAAUUAGCUCAACUAAAACAGGAAUAAGAAAUAGACUGGCAGCAGAUUUUUCAUUAGCAAUACUGAAUGCUAGAAGCCAGUGGAGUAAUUUCUUCACUUACAGAAAAUUUUUGUACUCAGAGUAACAUAGCAAAGCCAAACUGUCAAGAGUAGUGUCAAAAUAAAGACCUUUUCUGACAUGCAGGUUUUCAGAAAGUCUACCUACUUUGCACCCUUUCUGAGAAAGUACCUCGAGGACGUUCUCCGACAAAAUGAUGAGGAAAACUGGGAAAGAGGAAAAAACAGAAUCCAGAAAACAAUGGAUCACACCCAGGAGGUGUCACUCUAGCAGACCCAUUUCAGAUGAGAGUACACAGUCUCGGGCUCUUUGGGGAAAGUAUGCAUUCUGUUCCAUAGAUAGUUUCAUUGAGAAGCUGGAAUGUUUGAGUAUAUGGAGGACAUACAUUCUUUAGUCAGCAAAAAGAAAACAGAAAUAAGUCAAGACAUUUGGGUCCAAAUGUGAAACAACAACAAAAACUCACGGGAUAUAAGAAGAGACUCAACUGGACAUUGGCGGUAGGUACAUCUCCUUACAAGAGGCACGGGCUUCAUGAACACUGGAUAUGUACGGGAGAAAAUGGCCUAGCUUCUACUCAGCUCUCAGUAAACAUGAUUUACUUAGCCAAAGUAAUGCAGAUGCUGUUUGUUGGUAUUCAGUGUUCUGAUCAGCCUAGAGACAAAACAUGAAAGGCUUACUGUUUUAUUCAGGAAUGAAACUGAAAAUAAUUAAUUCUGACAAAUUAAGAAACAAGAGAGCAGAAAGAGGUUGAGAAUUGGUUGGGGGAAGAGAGGUGUCAGGAAGAGUGGGGCUACUUAGAUAUUCACAGUGGGAAUGAGAAGAUAAAGUCCGCAGCUAAUGGAACAAGAACCGGAGGAUAG